AUGCCGAGCACUCGUUCCGGAGCCCGCGCUCAGCCUCAGCUUCAGUUUCCUCGCCGUAAAUCCUGCCGCGUUUCCGCCCGCUCCAGCAAAACUGCCGUGGACAGAUGCCCCGCCCGCUCUCCGGCCAAAGACCCGACCGCGGACCAGAAAGUCCCGCUGUCUCCACGGCAGCCAGAGGCCAAACCCGUCUCCCUGUCGCCACGGCGACCGGCUGAGCGUCCCCUGUCUCCGCGGCGACCCGUUUCCCUGACGCCCCUGUCUCCGCGGCGACCGGCCGAGCGUCCCCUGUCUCCGCGGCGACCCGUUUCCCUGACGCCCCUGUCUCCGCGGCGAUCGCCCGUCGUGAAGGUCCCGCCUUCGUCUCCAAGUGUCCAGACCAGGGUCCCACUGAGCCCCCGGAAACGCACAGGAGAUGAAAACAGCUGUAACGUGUCGACUCUGGGUUCUCCCCCGAAGCAGAGCCGUCCCUCCCCGCUGUCCUCCCCGCGACGCUCGGCCUUCAGCGAAAACUCCGAGAACUCGCCCUGCCUCGCUCGACGUCGGCUGAUCGCGUCUCCGCAGAAACAGCCCGCCAGCCCCGCCCCCAGACCGUCGCCACGGAGACAGGAAACGCCCACCGGAAGCCCACACAAGUCCAAACUUGGAUCGGACAAAAAGCCGCCCGUCGUACGGCUCUUCGCGGACAAGUCCAGAUUCCUGAGUGUGAAACAGGCCCUGCACACCGCCGUCCCGGAGCGUCUCCUCUCGCGCGACUCCGAACGCGCCGCCAUCCGACAGUUUCUGGAGGAAAAAGUUUUGCAGAAGAAACCCGGAAGUCUGUACAUCUCCGGAGCUCCGGGAACGGGGAAAACGGCCUGUCUCAACUGUGUCCUCCACGACAUGAAGUCUCAGUUGUCGUCGGUGCAGACGGUGCUGCUGAACUGCAUGACUCUGCGCAGUUCUCACUCCGUCUUUUCUCUUCUGUCGGAAAAACUGAAAUCGUCCGGAGGUCAGAGCGGACUCCAGAAGCUCCUCACCGCUCCUGGACGCGCUGUUUUGCUGGUGCUGGACGAGAUGGAUCAGUUGGACAGUAAAGCGCAGGACGUCCUCUACACCAUCUUCGAAUGGCCUCAUCUCCCCAAGUCCCGCCUCUGCCUCAUCGGUAUCGCCAACGCUCUGGACCUCACAGACCGGAUCCUUCCUCGGCUGCAGGCUCGUCCAGAGUGUCGCCCCCUGCUGUUGAACUUCCCUCCGUACAGCCGCCAGGAGCUCACGGCCAUCGUCCAGGACCGACUCGCCCAGGCCUCAGCCGAGACCCUCCUCGACCCUUCGGCUGUUCAGUUUUGCGCUCGUAAAGUUUCUGCCGUUUCCGGAGACGCGCGGAAAGCUCUGGACAUCUGCAGGAGAGCCGUGGAGAUGGUCGAGUCCGACGAGAGGAAGAAGGCGACAGACGGAACGACAGAAGCGAAAGCGUCUCGCGUGAGCCUGCCUCAGGUCGCCCGGGUUCUGUCUGAGGUUUACGGAGACAGAAUGGCUCAAACAGAAGGAGAGACUUUCCCUCUUCAACAGAAGCUGCUCGUCUGCUGCCUCCUGCUGCUCAUCAGGAACGGCAAGAGCAAAGAGGUUCCCCUGGGCAAGCUCCAUGAAGCGUACAGUCGGCUGUGCGCCCGGAGGCAGGUGGGGGCGGCGGGGCAGAGCGAGUGUCUGUCUCUGUGCAGCCUCCUGGAGAGUCGAGGGAUCUUUGCUCUGAAGAAGGCCAAAGAGGCGAGACUCACCAAGAUUUUCCUGAAGAUCGAAGAGAAGGACGUGGAGAACGCUCUGAAGGAUCGCACCCUCGUCGGGAGCAUUUUAGCCGCUGGACUCCCAUGAAAUAAUAUAUUUUUUAAUUUGUAAUUUUAAAUCGUGCUUAGUUCGUUGAGCUUUUAAACGUUUUUUAUCAGUCUCGUUUUUGCUGAGAAUCUGUACAGUUCAUUUUUAUCAAUGUUUUUCUCUUUGGACGCUCAGUUUGAGUCAAAGAUCCAUCAUGAGUUUUCAAACUUGUACAUUUUUACUGGAAAUAAAUGUACAGAUGUUUUGAAAGUUA